AUGAGUUAUGAUUCAUGUCUUAAAUUGCAAAUCCAUUUGUCAGAAUCUUUAAAAACAACAGCCAUUGACAAAUGUGGUUAUCUCCUUAUUGUAGAACAUAACCCUGUUUAUACAGUAGGCAUCAGGCAAAAAGACUACAAUUCACUCUUAGAAGACAAUUUAAUUAAAUUGGGUGCAGAAUUCAAACGUACUAACCGAGGUGGUCUUAUCACUUUUCAUGGUCCUGGACAACUUAUUGCUUAUCCAAUUUUAAAUUUAAAAAAAUUCAAUCCUAGCAUUCGAUGGUAUGUUCUAAAUUUAGAAACAACUAUUAAAAACCUUUGCAAUGAAACUUAUGGACUUACUGCAACUACUACAUCUGAUACCGGAGUCUGGAUAG